AUGGAGGAGACGGUGCGGUCGCUACUCCAGAACCAGGACUCACUGGAGGGGCCCAAGGUGGACCCACUGGAGCUCAUGAAGGCAUACAAGGACAAACUCCUGGAGGAAAUGUGGAAGCAGCAGGACAGUCUGGAGGGCCCCCCGGCCACGGCCACGGCCCCGGAGACGCCCACCUCGCCCGAGGCCGGCAGAGGAGGGUCCGACGACAAUUCAAAGGACAGCAAUCCAAUGCUAGAGCGACUCCGAGCCCUGGAGGCUGAAAACUCUGCUCUGUCGAUGGAAAACGACAAUCAGAGGAAGCAGUAUGAACGCUGCCUGGAUGAGGUGGCUAACCAGGUGGUCCAGGCCCUCCUCACACAGAAGGACUUGAAAGAGGAGUGUGUGAAGCUGCGGACCCGCGUGUUCGACUUGGAGCAGCAAAACCGCAUACUGAGUGUGUUGUUUCAACAACGUGUCAAGAUGUCCACGGCUCCUGUCUCCCAGGAGGUCCAAAGGAAUGGAAAAGCAGGUAUUCCUGCAGGAAGGUGGCCCAGCCUGCUGAGUCUAACAUGCCCACGCAGUAGUGGUAGCGGCAGUAGCAGUGAACUAUCACUAUCCAGUGCUUGUAGUGAGUACUCCAGUGGCUCCCACACUUGGGCAGAGGGACGUGGAUUCUCCAAGCAGUGUGCCGCAAGCCGGGAUAAAAGGAUGAGUACGGGUUCAGUAUCCAGCAACCACUCUGCACCCAUCGAGCAGACAGACCUGGGAUGGAAGGAAGGCCACAUUCUGAAAGGCCUGAAGCGUCUCCAAAUGUGCAGCUCCAAAGAGGCGUCGUCUCUUGCAUCUGUGCCACAUUGCAAAGAUUGUAUGACUUCCAACGAGGGCAUAUACUCGUUUGGUGUCAAGUGUGUUCAACAAGGGAGUACAGCCAAGCAAUUAACCCCUACAAGUAAAACUUUGAAGUCCGGAGCAGGGACUACUGCCCUAGGCUCAGAAGAUACCAAUAAUGAAUUAAUUAAAUUAGAAAGUAGAGAGUCCAGUGACCAACCAACAAAAGAACCUGUUUGUUUGAAAAAACUGGAUAUCACAAGGGAUGAUGACAACAAUAUUCAAGAAGACCCUGUAAAACUUGCAGGGAACUCUGGUCUUUUUCCCUCACCUAUCACAGACAACUUCUUAUUUUUGGAGGGUCCCUCAGUAAAACCUGGUGUAAGCCCAACAGAUAGCCUUACGCAUUUGGAGGAAAAAAACAAGCCUUCAAGCAUGAAAUUAAGUGACAGAAACAAUAACCAGGAAAGGUCUACUGACCGUAAAUCCAGACUUGAUCAUGUCAAAAGACAACACGGCAGACUUGCAGUCAAGCAAGUUGAGGCAGAUACAAAUGACAUGAGCUCCUCUAUUCAGCAUUCUGCAACAAGAGCUCUGAGUUGUGUUAGUGUAGCCAGACAGCGCAGCUCCUCAAUGGAGGUUCCUCACUGCAGAGACCAGGCAAGUCAAGCUGGCAGUGAAAGCCAGGACUACACCAUCUCAGAAUCUCCACAGAGGAAACCGAAACCUCAGCUUUGUGACUCAGCAAGAAAGGCUUUCAUUCUGCGGAGCAAGAGUGCGGAUGGAGGGAAAGAACAAUCUAAGCAUACACAUUCUCCCCUCCACCAAAAACUUAUUACGGGCCACAUGUCCAAAGGACAGCCAGACCCUCCUGGGCACAGCCUUCCUAGCAAAAGUACAAAUCUCAGUAAAACCCAUUGUUCAAACAAGGGAUCAUUAUCUAAAGUUGAGAAAGAUGAGAACAUUUUGGUAUCAACAAAUUCCAAGUCUCUCAAGAGUGUACGCUCUCCCCUUGCUUCCCCUGUGAAACAUUCAAAGACAUUUAAGCCACCAGGGAUCAAUGAAUCCUCAAAGAGCCCAACAAAAUCCUCUUUGCAAGUCACUGGACUUCAAUCAAGCAAGGAGUCUGUAGAAGAGAGCAUCUACGACAAUUUACCCUGUUCUCCACGAAAACAACGACGCCAAGACCAGCACUGUGAUGUUUCCUGUUCAGAAAGUAGGUCCCCAUCCCCGCCACCACCCCCAGGACGAACUACUUCUCUUGUCCUUCGGCCCAGUUGUGACAGCGUACCCAAAGCACAUACAUCUGCAGGUCAGGCUCAAAGCUCUACUACUGGAAAGGCAACGCCAGGCACCCCCAAGCCACAAUCAUAUCUUUUUUCUAUUUUACAGCCGCAACAAUCUAACACAGCAAAGGACAAUCAACAUACAGCCCUACAAAUGGGUGCUGAUGGUAAGCUACUGAAAGAUAUCCCUGCCAAGCUCUACCAUACCCAGUCAUCUAAGAUGCCAUCUGUCUCACUUCAAGAGUCGUCAGGGUCGGUCCAGCUAUCUAUGGACAGAACUACCACAUGCCACGAUGAACAUGGUGCUCCCUCUAUAUUUUCAAGCCAGAGCAUCUUACAGAGAUCCCAACAGAGCAUUAGUGAGCCAAAACUUUCAGACGUAUUGCCUCAGGUAUAUUCUAAGACGUACUACCAUGGGAUUGCCAAUAAUCUUCAGAGUUCCACCUCAAGACCUGUAAAAAUGGCUCUCCCUGUAAAUGCUAAAUCUCAUGAGGCAAUUAGUGGACAGGAAACCAAUACCUUCCUAGUUUUCGGAAGACAUGACAAAGAUGAUACAGCAAAAGGUAUCCACACCUUUCAGACCUUUACGUGUGAUCCCCAGAUGAUACAUGAAUGUGGAGCUCAUGAUAAAGUCCGCAGAAAGAUUGAGACCCGCUGUAACUCACUAGAUUCUGAGCCCUCUGUUCAACCUGUUGCAUCAGACAGCGGUGUGAUGUUAGAUUGGGGAUUUGAUGAGGAAGGUUGGCUGUUUAAACGUUCUGUGUCUGUGUCAACCAGACCUCCGCUUAAGCCAGUAAUGGGAAUGAAUGGGGCUAAGGCUCGUAGCCAGAGCUUUGGUGCACGCUACAUGGACAGGCCAAGCUUCAACAGAUCUGGAAAGGUCCGUACUCAGAUCAAAACACACUCAGGUAGCUCCUUGAACUCUCUUAGUGAUGUCCUUCCAGGAAGUAUGAGUUGCUCAAGUAGCUACCAUUGUCCAAUGAAUCGAUCCCUUUUGAACAACUUUUUGAUUGAAGAGGGCCUGACAGUACCUUCGCAUUUGGGGUCCUCCAGUGAAAGACUUCAAACUCUUAAACACCAACGAGAGCAGGCUAGGCGCCUUCUGAUUGAGCAACAGUUUUCAAGCGCCUUUGGCGAGCCAGUUUCUGAGGAACCAGAGAGACAAAGUUCUAUAACCACAAUCGAAGAGAAAGUGAUGCUCGGCAUAGAGGAGAACUUGCAUAAGUCUCAGGAACAGGAGAAAACCAGUGAAGUGAAGCAAAAAUCUGGCUCAACCUUAGCAAAUUGGUUUGGUUUUCGCAAGAGUAAGCUUCCUGCUCCAAGCACGAAAAAGACUGAUCCCCCCAAAGUUAAAGAGGACAAGAGGGAGCAAAAGAUCACAUCACUUCUGGGAGGAAAGCAGACAAAGUCGGAUAAAAAAAGAGACAGAAGAAAAAGCGAUGGAAAAGACUGCUCUGUGGGGAUAAGAGAGUCUCAUGAUGCAGUGCGGGCAUGCAUCUCAAUGCCCUGCCCAGGAAUGGCCCUGAAUGAGAUACAAGGACAUACUGACAUCAUUGGGGACCCGAAGAUGCAGUCGGGGAACCUAAGAGCUGAUGGUGAAAAUGGAUCCACAGUGAAGAGCCCCAACCAGGAUGCUGUAACAGGCUUCGGCUGCAAGAUGCGAACAUUGGACAGUGGAAUUGGGACCAUCCCCCUACCUGAAUCCUGUUCCUUCUUCUCCUCCAUCCUGCACCUCCUCCCCAAAUCCUCAUCAACCCCAGAACCGUCCCUCAGUCCACCCAGUGUCCCCGGUUCCUCCAGCGAGGACAUGUCUCCUUCCCCAUUACCCCGGUGGAGAAUACCCUCCAGCUUUAAGGACUGCAGCCAUGCAGGGGUGCAAAACUCCCUUUCCAACUCCUCCAUGAUCCAUAUCCAGUCAGUGCCUUUCCCCACUGUGGCCUUCCUCCAGCCCAUCCAACCCCAAUCUCAACCCAUUGUGACCUCUGCCAGUGUGUGUGAUACCCAGAGCAGGCUACCCAGACCACCACCAGGUGGGAUGGAACCAAAGAAGUUGACCUAUAUCAAAUCAAAAACCCGAACCACUCCGAGCCAACAGAAAGAGCAGACAAGACUUCAGCUUGCCAACUAGUUCCUGAGCCAUCCAAAAGCAAAAAGUCCAUCAAUCAGUUGGAUUUAUCACUCGAACACACAUGGAGAAUCCCUCAGUCCCACCGUUUGGAUAUAGGGCGUCUGUGUCAGGAUGAAACGCUCAGUGCUGGACAACAACUGAGCUUGGCGUUGUGGGCUUCCACCUGGACUCAGUGCGGUGUUGAGAUACUGAGUAGCCUUUUAGGUGUAGUAAUGAACCUUCCGGCAGACAUUUUGGAGAUCUGCGGCCCAUUGGCAUCAGCUCGGAGCAGCUGGUUGAAUUUCUAGCUAAGUCUCACAGGACUUGGAGGUAAACAGACAUAGUUAUUUUCCUUUACCUUUUUUUAAAAAAAUGUUUUGACUCUGAGGAGUAACAAUUUUCACAAAAACAUGAACUUUUUUGUUUAGCUGAUGUGUUAGCUACUGUAGCACUUUCUUGGCUACUUCAUCUCAUAAACACGGUUGCACACGAGCUAACGCCUGUACAGUGAGCCCAGUUUAAGCUAACGUACGUGGCCUGCAGCUGUGAGUUCAUAUCGCUACGACAUAACCAUCCUUCCUGGCUACUUUGCGGACACACUGUUUAUACUUCCAUAACCUAAAACAUGGAAACACAUGACAGAAAAUGUCAACAAUAUUUGCUUUUGUAAUCUGUUUUUUGAAAACUUAAAAAAUGUGGCCACUAGUAGACACAGCAAAUGCUGAACACAAUAAGCAACAUAGCUAACAUGUUUGCAAUUACCUAUUUGCAUAUCCAGCUGACAAAAAGCAACAUUAUAUCUGAUUCUUUCCGUUUCACUUUACAAAUCUUGUAUUCAAUUUACAAUAUAAAGUGUUUUUUAUCCUGCUUUUGGUCUCCACCAACCCUUUAGAAAAGAUAUUUUGAUCUUGCUAGCCACUCGGUAGCUUUCUCGUUUGGGGCGUGCAGUUAGAGCACAGCGGCUGCACAACCAAUACAAUGAACCUAAAGAACCUAAAAAGCAUAAUUUGAUUCCAUUUUAUAUAAAAUAAUAAAAAUAAAAAUAAAAAGAUCGGUAAAUGCAGGUUUAAACACUUAAUUAACUUUGCACAAGCACAUGCAGUUCACCACCAGACCUCCAUUAUGGCACCAGCUGUGGCCACUUUUGGAGAUUAAUGAUGCAAAUUAAAAGGCCUCCACUAAAAUCCUGCUGAGCAUGGAUUGUUUAGCUACAUGUAUUUACAUUCUGCAGCAAUGUAUGAGCAUUUUAAUAAAUGUUUAUGUGAAGUUUUAAUUCUGCUUUAGAUCGUAUAAACAUCUAGGCUCCAAUAAAUGUCGGUAAUUUAUUUUCAGAUGAAACCUUAUAAACUCAAGAUCACAAAUUAUGACUUCCAUCCUUAAACACAUUUUAUGUACAGCACUUACUACUGAUUGCCAUUCAUGAGCUCUAUACCUGACUUAGUAAUGUGAUUCUUUAAAGUGUGCACUCUAUUGUUGGAAACUUUUUUUUAUUGUCACAAUGUUAAUAUCAAUUUGCAUGCAACCACCCUCGGACUUAUUCUAACCACAGAAAUGCAUCGUAUGAAUCUGAUAUCCAUCUCUUGACGAGUUUCAUCACAAGAACUGAUGAGUUAAACUUGAUGUGCACUGCUCAGUUUUUAAUUACAUAUUACACACGUUACAUAUUUUCAAUACUUAAAGCAAAUGUCUUAAAUAAGAAGUCACGUUUUGAAAACACUGCACAUCGCAUCUUGUCGUGAAACUCUUCGCAUUACUGCAUUCUGUAUUUUGUACAUGUUUCCACAGUUAUGACAUCAAGACAAAGCAGUGAGUUUUGCAUGUGACAUUAGCACCUACUAGGCACAUUGUGGACAUUGUUGUGCUAGCUCAGGGAAAAUACCAUUUUAUUGUCUCUGAUAGAUGCUGUGGAUUUAAUAAGUGAACCUCAACUUUAAAAUGUACAACCAUUUUAUUGCAGCCGGUGAAAAACCGCCCCCCGGUCCUCUCGGGGGAAAAAUCUUGGCGUUGUACGUUUCUGCGAAACUACGGAUACGUUGAAUUGCGUGCAGCGUUUUUUAUUUUAUUUGGUCGGACGUAGAACAAAGUCCAGUAAGGGAGGGCGGGAUUGAUGGUGGAUGGGUCAAACAAAACGCAUGUUCAUGAACCUGCGUGAAACCAAAAGUAGACCUUGGAGUUCAUGCAUGUCACGUAAUGUUUUUGUAUUGUUACGUCAUCACGUGAAUGCAAACCGUAAAAAAAAAAGAUUCUACCGUGAACCGAGUAGUUUUAUUGCCUAAACCUAAACCAAUCGCUUCACAACGCUAACCACGUUCCAUGGUGUGAUAUUUUUUGUUUCAGAAACGUUGACAUCUUGCCGUUUGCAGAAACGUACAAAGCCCAAAAUUUCAGAUUUCAUCGUUCUGUAAUGGUUUAAGGAUAUUACCUGAACUCAAUAUUUUCCUCUUUGUCAGUUUUUGUCUGUACAUUUAACUGUAUAAUACCUCACCAGUUUCUCUCUCUCUCUCUAUUUUAUGUGCUGUGUCCUUUACAGUAAUGUUUUUUGGUGUUUUGAAUGCAUCCCGACAUAUUUGAUGCUUUUAGCUGCUUUGCGAGGUCCCUCCCCCCCCCCUUCACACCUUCGUCGGCUCCCGGCAUUUCGUGCGUAAAUAUUUGCCAAAAUGCAUAUUGCCAAACACCGCUCUGAGCUAAUCAUGUACAGAAAAUGAAUGCAAUUAAAUCUACAUAUCAGACUCGUCGUGGUGACUAUAGCCAUAUUGUUUUUUGAAACACUAGAGACAGUUUGCACUUUCACGUGAUGUAGAACCAUGGAGCACCGUACCGUCGCACGAUAUCAUUAGCCAUGUCAUCUAACUGUAUUUUACCUCUUUAACUCUUUACUCACUUGCUACGUGUAUAUGUUGAAGGUGAUAUUUGUCGACUUAAAAAGGGGAGGUCGCGCCAAUAGGAUCGCACAGGUGUCGUGGAAUAUGUGGCGUACGAGGCGUUCGUGGAUCAGGGAACAGAUUUGCUGUACUGAUACGGGUAGAUGGAGCAUGGUGUCUGUGUUCUUAAAGUGGCUCCCAUAAGGAGGAGUCUCACUCUCACAAGAGUAUUGUAUUUUUAUAACAUUUACUCUUAAUGCCCUGUAUUUGUACUCAGCACCGAUGAGUGUAAUUUACUAUUUAUUGCACAUAUUUGUUAUAUUACAGGUAUUCUCCCUCUAAAUGUUUUUUUUGGGCGGUUCAGAACCCAAUAAUAACAGUGAUGUUCUUGUGUGACGGUCACCUUAGCAGUUUGGAUUGAGAAUUGUA